UCGUCUUUCACCAGUAUCACCGAUGCAGGACAGCUGGCCGCAAGCUUGAGGCGGGGAGCAAAGUCUUCAGAUCUAAUAGUAAUACUACUUCCCCACCUCCAGUGUAUCUUCAUGUCGAGCUCCGCUGCCUCCCCACGCCCCGCAGAACGGCAAGACAUUCACAAAUCAUGUCAAACGCUCGAGACAGUCAUAAACAUGCUUAAUGACUACUGCGAAGCUGCAGGGGCUAUCCUGUCAAAAGCCCUCAAAGAAGCUGCUGCCCUCAAAACCACUAAUGAGAUCGCAGGCAACGCUUUGAACGUCAGCGCAAGCAUAUUCGACGUUCUUUCUGAUAUCGAUGCUAAGUUUGCAAGAAUAGCUGAUAAGGAAUGUGGCAGUAUCAGUUCAGAGAUGAAAAAAUGGUCCAAGAAGCUCGCAAAAGAAGAGAAAGCUCAUGACGAACGUAUGGAUGAUUCAAAUGCUCGUAUAAAGCAAGCUGGUCAGGCAUACGAGAAGAAAGCUAAGAAGAGCGCACGCGAUGUCGGGGAAGAACACGCUCGUUAUGUUAAUCUUCUCAGUAUACUUGGUCCUGAGAUGUCUCAGGAGAAAUAUAAUCAUGCCUUGCUCGUAACGCAACAGCACACAUUGACUACGUACAGCGUAGCAGCCUGCCUAUCGAGGGUUGCAGAUGCAGAAUGGGCGCGGACAUGUGAAAGCAUCCGUCGAUUCUCCCCGUCUAUUGGGUCGCUCGGCGAAUGGCGAGCUCUUUGCGAAGGCGCGUGGACAGGUCCUUUACCCAAUGGCCUACCGGACAUCUCACCCACACCUGCUCAAGCUCUACUUCCAACCCGGGGCGUAACAGAAUGGGGUCAAAACAUCCCGCCCAGCAAACACGAAUACCAAACUUCGCUUCCCCUUCCCUCACAAACCAAUACCGCCGACCUCGAACGUCCCCACCCACCAUUCAGCUCCAAUGAGCAUAAUCAGAACCAGGACUCCAUCAGCUCAAUAACGACUCUCAGCGCGUUCCCCUUCCCCCCGACACAUUUCCCCAUUCCUCUAGCUGCCAACGAAGCAGAGCUACAACGUCAGAGAACGCAAAUGCAGAGUUUGCAAGUUCCCCAAUCAGCUCAACAGCAUAUCCUACUAUCGGAAUCUCCACAGCCGAUCGAGAGUACGCUUUCUGAUACGCAUAUGCUUGUUGAUUUCCAGUUGCAUUCUGUGUCCAAGGGACAGACUACGCUUUCGUCUUCACAGUAUGGGUACUCUGAUGAUCAGUUCGAGGGGAGAAUGGAACAGGAAAUUACUGGACCGGGCAUAUCGACUGGUAGCGAGAAGAAGGUCCUGGAACAGACGCAGUCCCAGUCCCACGAGGAAGCAAAAGUUUGUCGACCAUCCCUGAUUGCACGAGCGACUUCGAGCGAGAAAAGACUCGGCAGUAAGCAACCAGAGCACACUCCUCCUUCAGAGCGCGAGUUCGGUGCUUCAGCGGAGAGCCGCAGCGCAUUCAAAAGCCGGAGUAUCGAUGCUGCGAAGAAGACGCUUGACCGCACUGAUAGUUCCGUGAGCAAUGGGAGUAUUGUUGCUGCUAUGCGUAAUCGUUACAGUCGUACGGUCGAGCCUUUGCCUCUGGCGCCGAAAGAUGUACCACGCUUGCCGAUGAGGGUUUCAGAUCUCGCUUCUAGGUAUCAGCCUAUAGAUGAACCCACGACUCCUCGACGUUCGCCGACCGUGGAUAGACAGGCGGUCAAUCAGGAUCCUCUUGCUUCCCAAGCCACCCGUGCCAGCCCUUUCGGCGAAGACGAUAUUCGAAGGGGGAGAUAUCGCAUCGAACAGCUCGCAGAACUAGAGCUUAAGGACAAAGAAUACGAGCUCCGACAGCACGAACGAGAACUCAACCAGAAAACGCGCGAUUUGGAGCUCGAUCGAAUGCAUUUUCUUGACGCACGAGGCGGUACGAGUGACACGCCCAAAGGGCCUCAUGCAACACCAUUCCAGCACAAACGUGGCUCACAAAGUACUUCACACCUCAUCCCUCCACCGAACUCGACUUCACCGCAACGAGGAUCUCAAUCUCCAUCACGCUCACAACCGUCUUCUCCUCUACCUGCAAAAGACCACGCGCCAUUUUGCGGCUGCGAUACGUGUUCUAUCGCUAAAUACAAAACGCCAGAGGUUUUACCCUCUCCUCACGAUCUACGUCCUCCCGAGCCUCCUAUUCUCUUACGCCCUGAGAAGCCCAUGGGCUGGAUACGAAGACUGAGCAUGCCUGCUGUGGGUGCGGCAUUCUCGUUGGACGCGAAGAAGAAUGUGAGUGCUACGAGUCUCAAGUCUGGGUUAUCGUCUGCGGUUGAUAAUGGGAGACGGAGGAAGCGUAGUUUUGAUCAGGGGAUUAGUAAUCGGAGCAUUGGGGUGGUACGGAGGUAGUGUGAUAUAUGCUUUGGAUUGUUUUCGUUUUUUUUUUGCUUUUGGAUACAUGUUUUGUCUUGCUUUGCGGUUAACGUUGAUGAAUUUUCCGUCAUGGUUUACUUACGACUCAUGCACGCUGAAUCAUGAU